AUGAGCCAAAUCGCAGUAAUCCAGGAUCUGUUUCCUGAUCUUGGAUCCGGCUUUGUAGCCAAAUUGCUUGACGAAUUCGGCGAGGAUCCCGAAGCAGUCAUAGCUAAGCUUCUCGAAGACGAUUUGCCACCAGAAUUGGCGGCUGCGGACCGUGCCGAGCUGUUAUCUUCCCAAUCUACCAUCGAAUCACUUCCAGAGAAUACUAUGGCCCCGCGCUCAGCACCAAACCCGUCACAAACCCUUCCUCAGCGCCGGAAUAUAUUCGACGAUGACGAGCUCACCAGCGAGAUGACAAAUCUUCACUUCGGCAAGCGUAAUCCAGCAAAGACUGCUGACGACGUCUUAGCCGACCGCAAAACAGCACCCAACAAGGCAGCUAUCAUGUCCGCCCUCGCAGCUUUCGACUCGGACGACGACGAGCGCGAUGAUACGUACGACGCCGAUGAUGUGGGCGGCGCGGUAGACACAGCUGCUGGCGGGGAGGACGAGGUUGACGGUAACGCCAAUGAAGAGACACUCUUCCGCGGUUGGCAAGCUGAUCCCAAUGUCUUUGACCGCGACGCAGGCACGAGACGAAGUGACCCUCGCGGCAAACUGCGGGAAAUUACGGGACUGACAGACGAAGCUAUCGAGGGCUGGGCUGUCAUGCUGGGUCGAAACCCACGGUUAAAACGACGACUGGAAAUCAAAUAUAACACGUUCACCGGCAUCCAGACGGAGUUGGCAAGCACAUCUUGGCGGGGAAGAGGAGAAGAUACGGGGACAGAUCCUGGGGUUCCAUCAUCUUUUCGGGGUGGUAGAGGCGGCGGCUCAGAUAGGGGACGAGGAAGGGGCCGCGGCGGUGGCGGCGGUGGCGGCGGCAAUGUCGCUGGUCCGGCAAAUGAUAAAGAUACAGAAGCGGCGCGGCGUAGGAAAGAAGCGAACAAGGGGUCCAAGGCGAAUCACAACCGCCGAGAUCAGAGAGCAAAGAAGAUGGCGAGGGGUGGCUUCCCUGGCUGA